UGCCCAUAGCAGUUGCAAGGAGAACAAGAUGGCAGAGGAAGCUGGGGAUGAAAAGAAACUGGUGGCCAAGUUUGAACUAGAGAGGGAAACAGAGCUCCGCUUUGAGGUUGAAGCCUCACAAACUGUCCAACUGGAGCUCCUGACAGGCAUGGCGGAGAUCUUCGGGACUGAACUGACACGCAACAAGAAAUUCACCUUUGAUGCUGGUGCUAAAGUGGCUGUCUUCACCUGGCAUGGCUGUUCAGUACAACUGACUGGCCGGACUGAAGUGGCCUAUGUGUCCAAAGACACUCCCAUGCUUCUGUACCUCAACACCCAUACAGCCCUGGAGCAGAUGCGGUGGCAAGCUGAACGUGAAGAUGAACGGGGACCUCGGGUCAUGGUGGUGGGCCCCACAGAUGUAGGCAAGUCAACUGUUUGCCGCCUGCUACUGAAUUAUGCUGUGCGCUUAGGGCGCCGACCCACUUUUGUAGAGCUAGAUGUAGGCCAAGGCUCAAUCUCUAUCCCAGGCACUAUGGGGGCUCUCUAUAUUGAGCGUCCUGCAGAUGUUGAAGAAGGCUUCUCAGUUCAGGCCCCUCUGGUGUAUCACUUUGGGUCCACCACACCUGGUACUAACAUCAAGCUCUAUAAUAAGAUCACAUCCCGCUUGGCAGAUAUCUUCAACCAGCGCUGUGAGGUUAACCGUCGGGCUUCAGUCAGUGGCUGUGUCAUCAAUACCUGUGGGUGGGUGAAGGGAUCUGGAUACCAGGCACUUGUACAUGCUGCUUCAGCCUUUGAAGUUGAUGUUGUAGUAGUGUUGGACCAGGAACGCCUUUACAAUGAACUGAAGCGGGAUCUGCCUCACUUCGUUCGAACCGUGCUGCUCCCCAAGUCAGGUGGAGUAGUGGAGCGUUCCAAGGACUUCCGGCGGGAGUUUCGUGAUGAACGCAUACGUGAAUACUUCUAUGGUUUCCGAGGAUGCUUCUACCCACAUGCCUUUGAUGUCAAGUUCUCAGAUGUCAAGAUAUACAAGGUGGGAGCCCCCACCAUCCCUGACUCAUGUCUGCCCCUGGGCAUGUCACAAGAAGAUAACCAGCUCAAGUUGGUACCAGUUACACCUGGACGUGACAUGGUACACCAUCUGUUAAGUGUUAGUACUGCUGAUGGUACUGAUGAGAACAUCUCUGAGACUAGUGUGGCUGGUUUCAUUGUAGUCACUGGAGUGGAUUUGGAGCGGCAGGUCUUCACAGUGCUCUCACCAGCGCCUCGUCCUUUGCCCAAGAACUUCCUGCUUAUCAUGGACAUUCGUUUCAUGGAUCUCAAGUAAAUAAGACUCCCUCAUAGAUAAAACCAUUAAGAUCAUGAGUGGAAUAGCAUUACCACACAGAAUGAGGGAGAAAGAA